UGAAACUAGCUUAGUCAUGUCCGGAGCGUUAGCAAGGCUGCUUUUCUACCCGACGUUAGCCUACAAUGUUGUCAUGGAGAAGGUGUCGUCGAGACGGUGGUUUGACCGAGUGGACGAGACUGUCAUCCUCGGAGCGCUGCCGUUCAGAUCCAUGACCACGCAGCUGGUAGAAACAGAAAACGUUCGAGGGGUCAUCACCAUGAACGAGAUGUAUGAGACCAAAUAUUUCUGCAACUCCGCUGAAGAGUGGCGGACGGCGGGGGUGGAGCAGCUGAGGCUGAGCACCGUUGACCUCACCGGCGUUCCCAGCCUGGAGAACCUGCACCGAGGCGUGGAGUUCGCCCUGCAGCACCGAGAGCAGGGAACCAGCGUGUACGUCCACUGCAAGGCCGGGCGCUCGCGCAGCGCCACGCUGGCUGCUGCGUACCUCAUUCGGUUACACUGCUGGACUCCAGAGGAGGCCUGCCAGAAGCUGGCGUCCGUUCGGCCGCACGUCCUGGUGCGCUCGGCUCAGCUGGAGAUGCUGAGGAAAUACCACCAGCAGGUGUGUGGACAGUCCGGCUGAGAGCAGGGCGGGGGCUCACAUCUCGUCUUGUUCCCAAAGCAGCUGGAAGUCUCGACUCAGAGCUUUGUGUAAAGCCACGGUGACGCACAGCGGUUUGUUUCAGCCAGUCCUCCAUAUCAUAACAUAUACCCACAGAAGAAAGAGCCACUGGUUUUUAAAUCAAAUUCUUAUGAGUUUUACUCAGAAAUGUUAAGUCUUAGUCGUUCAUUGACAACAUAUCAGUCAGCUCCUGGUGUCCUGCUUGUGGCUGAGACAUUUUCAUUUUAUAUCAGGACUUUCUGAAGUUCAGAAUUAUGUUUAAUGAAAUUAAAACACUUUUAAAUUAUCUGAACAGUUUUUUCCUGCAUCAUCCUGUUUCAGUCAAAAAUGCUUUCAGAUUCUAUAAGCAAGUCGACUGUUUGUGACUGUAAUAAUAAAAAUACUCCACUUAAUCGAGCUGUCAUGUGCUUGUUUGGACUGCAGUGGCACAACAAGACGAGGACACGUUACUGCAUAAUGCAGCAAUCAAAUUAUUAUUGUGUGUAAAGACUUUAUUUCAGUUUAUCUUUGUUUGCUAUGGUGCCUCAUAACUUUGAAAUAUUGUAAUAAAAAUAUCUG